UAUUGGUCGCCAUCUUGUUUUUCACAUGUAAGAAGAAAAACACUGAAAAAUUCGAUAAACUUUGCUCAAAAUGUCUCUGUAUGACGACCUUGAUGGAGURCCUUUACAGACUUCGUCAACUAAUGAUGUAGGAGAACUUUCUGGCUGGUCAUCGAGUUUAAAACUCAUGCAAACUCAACUUCAAAGGAAGAGAGUUGUUCAAAACAAACCAAGUCAAAAGUCGACUGUUAUAAACCCUGUCAUCUUGAAUAGGGGAUUGAAGCGAGCUAACGACGAAAGGGAAGAGGCAAAACUAUCCAGUGAGACAGUUCUCAAAGAAGAGAUUUAUUUUUUUGAUGAAGAAUCGGAGCCUUUUUUGGAAGCAGACGCACCAGUGGUAGUUGAUGAGUAUGAUCCCUUGAAGCCGAAUGAAUACGAAGUAAUAAAAGAAAAGCAUCGAGAGAUACGGGAUAGAGAAAGAAGAGAGGCAAAAGAAAGAGAGAGGAAAUCAAGAGAUAGUGACCGAGGAGAUCGAGAUUACCGUGAUCGUGAUAGCUACAGGGAGAGAGAUUAUGAUCGAGAUAGGGAUCGUGACAGAGACAGGCGGAGGGAUAGGCAUAGGGGCAGUGACAGUGAUGAUGAAAGUAGUCACAGACGUUCAUUAAAGAAAACAGGUGGUGCUACUAUUGCUCCUCCAAUCAUUCUAUUGGAAGAAUCUACUUCUGGUCUCGGUGAGGAAGAUGAGAACCCUGAAUCUAGUUUAGAAAGGAAACCAUUCUUAGGACUGGGUCGAGCAGGAAAAGAUAAGCCAAAUGUAGGUUUCAACAGUCCCAUUGCUUCACAGAUUAUGGCCAAGUAUGGCUGGAAGGAUGGACAAGGUCUUGGCAAACAGGAGCAAGGCAUAAACACAUGUCUUCAGGUCGAAAAGACCAGCAAAAGAGGUGGCAAGAUAAUCAACAAAGAUAAAGAGAGCAAAACUCAAGCAAGUGAAUCUGACUCACUGAUCAGUGCUAUGAAGAAUCCAACCAAAGUUGUAUUAUUGAGGAACAUGGUUGGUCCUGGCGAAGUUGAUGAUGACCUUCAGCCAGAAACAGCGGAAGAGUGUGCUAAAUAUGGAGAAGUUAACAAAGUAAUCAUUUAUGAAAUUCCUGAAGGUGUUGCAGAAGAAGAAGCUGUCAGAAUAUUUGUUGAAUUCCAAAGAGUGGAAUCAGCAAUCAAAGCUGUAGUUGACUUGAAUGGAAGAUAUUUUGGUGGACGUUCUGUAAAGGCAUCAUUUUAUAAUCUAGACAGAUUUAGAUGUCUUGAUCUGGCUUCUGACCUAUAAUAUACAGUCUUCAAUCACUUAGAUAGUAACAAACUCCAUAAAUUUGGCUCACAGUUUUCAUAUUGCUAAAAACAUCAGCUUUAUAUACAUAUCUAAUAAAGUUUACAAUUUCUCUAUCAGGCAUGAUCAGGCAUGCAAUAUCUCACCAUUACUGUGAGAAAAAAGUUUAACUUACUAUAGAAAACUACAGAUUAGCAAGGAGCAAAGUAAUUUCUUGAUAARUAUGCGAUAGUCUGCUAAUAUUUUUGUGCAAAACCCAUCAAAACACAAUUACUGUAAUAAUAAACUUUAAUCAGUGUAAUUCAAUGAUUUUGCUUUAGGUCAACUCACAAGCUGUUAAUAUAAAGGUAAUGCAGCCAGCAGCUGCUUAUGUCAAUAAAAUGUAAAGAGAAGUUGUUUUUAUUAUACUAAAAGGAGAGUUAUUGUCAUUAUCAUGAGGAAACUAAUGGUAAUUUAUGCACAAA